AUGAAUUAUAAACUGCUCUCUAUUUGUCUACUUGUCUGUCUCCAUCACUCUGUCAAUCUGUCUGUCUGUCUAUCUAUCUCUUUGUCUCCCCCCUCUCUCUCUUUGUCUUUCUGUCUCUCUAUCAGUGUCUUUGUUUAUAAUCUAUCUAUCUAUCUAUCUAUCUAUCUAUCUAAGUUGUUUAUAAUCACUCUAUCUAUCUAUCUAUCUAUCUAUCUAUCUAUCUAUCUAUCUAUCUAUCUAUCUAAAGUUGUUUAUAAUCACUCUAUCUAUCUAUCUAUCUAUCUAUCUAUCUAUCUAUCUAUCUAUCUAUCUAUCUAUCUAUCUAUCUGCAUCUUUUUGUUUACUCUCUCUCUCUCUCUCUCUCUCUCUCUCUCUCUCUCUUCGGUUACCACUCUUUGUUUGUUCUCCUCUUUCUUGUUAGUUUACCUUUCGUUCUCUGGCUAUCUUCUUUUUCUCUUGAAAGCGCGUAAAUUAACGCUUGGUGAUCAUGAUGGUCACUUAAUUGCUUUGUCUAUCUGCAUCUUUUUGUUUCUCUCUGUGACUGUCACUCUCUAUGUCAGUCUUUCUGUCUAUCUCUUUUUGACUGUCUUUUUAUCUACAUCUUUAUCUAUAUGUCACUCCUUUUGCCUGUCUCUCUUUUCGUUUGCCUCUUUUCAUGUCUGUCUUUCUAUGUCUCACCUGCCUUUCUCUUUCUUUUUGUUUAUCAGCCUCUCCCACUUUGACUCUCUUUGCUCUUUGUCACUCCCCACAUCUCUCUCUCUGUCCAACUCAGUACGAAAAAAAGUGCUUUAA